CCUGUUACUAGCCUGCGCAGUGUGCGGGGUAGGAGCGGCGCUUGAGGCCUGGAAGCGUUCCGCGGUCUGCCGGGUCAGCACCAUGAGCUCCAUCGGCACUGGGUAUGACUUGUCAGCCUCUACGUUCUCUCCUGAUGGAAGAGUUUUCCAAGUUGAAUAUGCCAUGAAGGCUGUGGAAAACAGUAGUACAGCUAUUGGGAUCAGAUGUAAAGACGGCGUUGUGUUUGGGGUAGAAAAACUAGUCCUCUCUAAACUUUAUGAAGAAGGCUCCAAUAAACGCCUUUUUAAUGUUGACCGGCAUGUUGGAAUGGCAGUUGCAGGGUUGUUGGCAGAUGCUCGCUCAUUAGCAGACAUAGCAAGAGAAGAAGCAUCCAACUUUAGGUCUAACUUUGGCUAUAACAUCCCUCUAAAGCAUCUUGCAGACAGAGUGGCCAUGUACGUGCACGCCUACACGCUCUACAGUGCCGUUAGACCUUUUGGCUGCAGUUUCAUGUUGGGGUCUUACAGUGCGAAUGAUGGUGCACAGCUCUAUAUGAUCGACCCAUCAGGUGUUUCAUAUGGUUACUGGGGCUGUGCCAUUGGCAAGGCCAGGCAAGCGGCAAAGACAGAGAUAGAAAAACUUCAGAUGAAGGAAAUGACUUGCCGUGAUGUAGUUAAAGAAGUUGCAAAAAUAAUUUACAUAGUACACGAUGAAGUUAAGGAUAAAGCUUUUGAACUAGAGCUCAGCUGGGUUGGUGAAUUAACUAAAGGAAGACAUGAAAUUGUUCCCAAAGACAUAAGAGAGGAAGCAGAGAAAUAUGCCAAGGAAUCUUUGAAGGAAGAAGAUGAAUCAGAUGAUGACAAUAUGUAACAUUUUCUUCACUANCCGCUGGUUUACAUUUCUGUAACAGUUGCAUAUGGCGAGCACCAUGGAUUAUAUAUACCCACUGACCGAUUUUCAUUAAAUUUUUGUCUUAUAAACAUUUUUGAGUAA